AUGCAAAAUCAUUCAAUUAAAUAAAAAGAAUAUUGUAGAGCAAUUGCUAUUAAUAAUGAUAAUUCAAUUGUAUUAGCUGGAUGUAAUAGUGACAUCAAAGUAUUUGAAUUUAAAUAAGAAUAGUUGAAACUAAUUCAACUUCUAAGUGAACAUUCAUAUAAUGUUAAUACUUUAAAUUUUAUGAAGAAAUCGACUCAAUUUAUCUCUGGGAGUUAUGAUAGAUAGAUAAUAAUAUGGAGUAUGGAUCAAUAUAAUUAAUGGAUCUGCGAAUACAAAUUGAAUGAACAUAAUGAUGAAAUUAAUUGUUUAAUUUUGAAUAAUAAUGAAGAUCUUAUCAUAUCGGGAAGCGAUGAUAAAAAAAUUAAAUUUUGGAAAAAGCAGAAUUAAUGGAGAUGCUCAUAAACUAUUACAGAUCACGCAAAAGAUGUAGUAGGAUUAAGUUUGAAUGAGAAACAGGAUAAAUUGAUAUCUUGUGGAUAUGAUCUGUUUAUAUUAAUAAUAGAACAGUCAUAAUGGGGUUAAAAAUGAAAAGUGAUAUAAAAGAUAGCAGUUGAAUAUUUUGGGUUAAGAUUAUGCUUCAUCAAUAAUAAUGUAUUCACAUUUUAGCCAAGAGUAUCAAAUUAUAUGCAUAUUUAUGAGAUCAAUAGUACUAAUAAGUAGUAUUCAAAGAUAAAUCAAAUUGAUGUGAAAAGCGAUUCUGAUUAAUGUAGUUAUUAAUUUCCUUAAUAAUAUAUCAAAUCGAAAUGUAUACUUGUGAAUAAGAAUGGAAAAAAUGUUAAUUUAAUAAGGAAAAAUAAAAAAGGUCAUUUUAUCAUACAAUAGUCUAUUCAAUUUGAGCAUAAUGGUAUAUAUGGAUCGAUGAGUGAAAAUGGAGACUAUUUGAUAACUUGGGAUGUCAGAUCUAAAGAAAUUUAAAUUAGAAAAUAUUAGGAAUUUUGA